CAGAGACAGAGACAGAGACAGAGAGAGAAAAAGAAAGAAAAGAAGGAAAGUGAAGACGUAGAAUUUACCAGUGGAGCCUUCCAGCCACCCCUACAACAGUUCCAACUUUAACAACAGAUGUUCUCCUUAAGAGACCAGACCGACGCGCUGACUCUCAACCAGUCUCUGUCUCACGAUGACCCCCAGUGGUCCUCCCAGUCCUCAGCAGCUGCCACCACCACAAACAGAUCUGUGCUGUCUUUCGACGAAGGAUUAAUUGAGGACUUUCCCAUUUACGAGGCCGGACUUUUCCUCAACCGCAUCUACCUAUGGGUGGUUUUCGCUCUUGGUUUCCCUGGCAACGUCUUUGCUAUCGCAACUUCCCUAACCUUGACCCCUCGCUACCGCAGCUCGUAUUAUGUGGCGACCUUGGCCUUUGUGGACAACGUUUGUCUCAUUUGUAAACUUCUGUUCAUGACCUUGACCCGUUAUGACGUCAAACUGGGAGAUGUCGGGUGCGGUAUGCUGGAGACUCUGGGUAAUGCUACAGGGCAGCAGGCGAACUGGUUACUGGUUGCCAUGACUACGGAGAGGUGCAUUGCUGUGACGUCACCUUUUCUGAGUCGACGGAUUCGUGCAAGGACUCAUAUUCUAGCCGUGCUAGCCAUGUCGCUGGUCCUCCUGGCUCUCAACUGCCACUACUUCCGGACAUACGGGUACCUGUAUGACGUCAGCACUGACCAUCACAGCUGUGACGUCAUCCAGGGUCAGGAGAGGGCGCUGCUGGUCAUGGACUGGGUCAACGCGGUGGUGUACGCGCUACUGCCGGCCGCCAUCUUGUGUGUGCUCAGUGUUCUCAUAGCAAGAGCCCUGCGCUCCUCUCAGACAUUAUUACGUCAGAUGACCCAGCACAGCCGCCAGGUAGCGCGGCGAGAACGUCAUCAGCGAGGUAUGACGGUGAUGGUCAGUGUGACCGUCGUUGUGUUCGUCCUCCUGGUCACUCCCAGGCCCGUGCUGUCAGCCGUGCUGACCACCAGGAGUCCCCCACAGGGGUCAAGGACUGAGGCCAACGUCAGGUUCCUGGAGCAAGUGUUCUACCUCAUGUCCGAUUCCACCCACGCUGUCAACUUCUACCUCUACUUCCUUAGCAACCGUCGCUUCCGACGACGCUUCGCUGACAUCUUGAAGAGAAUACUCUCCCCUUUCUUCUGCUGUCAGCGGUGCAAGGAGCACAACUGUGCUAAUUGCUGUGAGCGCGCGGAGUGGGCGUUGGACUCCGACGAAGGGAGGGAAGGGGGGAGAAGCGAGGGAGGUUCUGAGAUCUCAGUGAGUUUUGUGUCCAGAAGUAUGAUCAGUGAUUUGUCUAUGUUCUCCUUAAGAGACCAGACCGACGCGCUGACUCUCAACCAGUCUCUGUCUCACGAUGACCCCCAGUGGUCCUCCCAGUCCUCAGCAGCUGCCACCACCACAAACAGAUCUGUGCUGUCUUUCGACGAAGGAUUAAUUGAGGACUUUCCCAUUUACGAGGCCGGACUUUUCCUCAACCGCAUCUACCUAUGGGUGGUUUUCGCUCUUGGUUUCCCUGGCAACGUCUUUGCUAUCGCAACUUCCCUAACCUUGACCCCUCGCUACCGCAGCUCGUAUUAUGUGGCGACCUUGGCCUUUGUGGACAACGUUUGUCUCAUUUGUAAACUUCUGUUCAUGACCUUGACCCGUUAUGACGUCAAACUGGGAGAUGUCGGGUGCGGUAUGCUGGAGACUCUGGGUAAUGCUACAGGGCAGCAGGCGAACUGGUUACUGGUUGCCAUGACUACGGAGAGGUGCAUUGCUGUGACGUCACCUUUUCUGAGUCGACGGAUUCGUGCAAGGUGA